AUGCUUACCCAAAGAGUAUUGCCGCCACGUCGGCGACGAAGGACUCAGCUGGCAUGCAAUCCCUGUCGUGUCCGUAAAACUGGUUGUGAUGGCAACCGACCAGUCUGUACUUCGUGUAAAAUGAAGGGCUUGACGUGCAGUUAUCAACAGAAGAUGUCAACCUUACAAGCGCCGAAUCUUCAAGUGAUGAACAACCAACUGCAGCACGUGGAAGAAAAGUCACAAGGGGGUCCGCGCCUAGACCAGAAUACUGCCGAUACUUCUCCAGUGCCUGAACGUAAGUCCAUCUUGAAAAGGGCGUCACGGUUAGUCCUGAACUCAGCUAUAGUACCAAAUUUCGUUUCUUCGGAGCAACCCAAAAUGCCUCAUGCCUAUCGCAAGGACGAAGAAUCCUUCCAUGGCCCGUCCUCGAAUAUUUCUUUUCUGCAGCAAACAAUCCAAAGAGCAAACCCAGACGUAGUUGCAAAAUCGUGUACACAGGAAAAGACUGAACAGGAUCUCCUAGGGUUCGAAUUAGUCAGAUCACCCGACUCUACUCAUCAUCUAGGUCCCACCUCACCUCCAGACCACCUUGCGCCCACCCUUCUCCGUACUUUUUAUGACUCCAUCCAUCCAGUGUUCCCCUUACUUCACUGGCCAUCUUUUAUUACGAUGUAUAACAGUCUUUGGCGACCAAACAUGACUUUGGAUGAUUGUCAUCACCAAACAAGAGAUGAUCUCGUCUUCCAUGCAAUAUUUAACAUGGUAUUGGCCAUUGGAUGUCAACGCAGCAAAUAUGCUCUCCUACCUCGGAGAACGCAAUACGCCGAUUCUUUUUACAAACGAUCGCAUCGAUUGAUUUCUAUCGAAACUCUGGAUUUCGCCUCUUUAGAAAUCGUACAACUGUUCCUUUUACGAGGCAUCUAUCUUCAUUACACAUCUUACGCCAAUCGUUGCUGGAACAUGGUCGGUGUUGCUCUCAGGGUGGCGCAGAGCUUGGGAUUAAACUUUGAACGCGCUGAAUCGUCCAAAAGUCAAGUGGAGCGGGAGAUGAGACGUAGAGCCUGGCAUAGCUGCAUUGCUCUGGAUCGGUAUUUUCCGCCUCAUCCAUAG